AUGAUGACAGCCACAUCAACCGCGCUAAUCCAGCGCGUGUGCUCCGUCCCCCUCGCGCGUGCCGUCCGCACUCGCGCCUUGGCCACCGCCGUGAACCUCUCCACCACUCCCACUCCACGCGCCUCCCCGGCCGACUCCUCGCGCGUCCUGCUCGGCUUGUCCGAAGCGGAGCUCCAGCAGCUCGCUCUCGACUUCAGUCAGCAAGGCUACAGAGGCAAGCAGCUUCAUCAGCUUAUUUACAAAAGAAAGAUUAAAGAUAUUCAGGAUUUUAGUCAAGUGCCUCUGGCAUUCAGGAAUGAACUUGAGGAAGCUGGGUGGAAGGUUGGGAGGUCACCUAUCUACAAUACCGUCACCGCUGCUGAUGGCACUGUUAAGUUAUUGAUAAAGUUGGAGGAUAACCGGUUGAUUGAAACUGUUGGCAUACCGGUUCAAGAUGAGAAAGGUUUGACGCGCCUUACAGCAUGUGUCUCAUCACAGGUCGGAUGCCCGCUGCGUUGCUCCUUUUGUGCCACUGGGAAAGGAGGAUUUUCAAGGAACCUUAAGAGGCAUGAAAUCGUUGAGCAGGUUUUGGCCAUUGAGGAGAUAUUCAAGCAUAGGGUGACUAAUGUAGUGUUCAUGGGAAUGGGUGAACCAAUGAUGAACCUCAAGUCUGUACUUGAAGCACACCAGUGCUUGAAUAAGGAUGUGCAAAUUGGGCAAAGAAUGAUGACAAUUUCUACGGUGGGGGUUCCAAAUACAAUUAAAAGGCUGGCAUCUCACAAGCUUCAGUCGACAUUGGCUGUCAGCCUGCAUGCUCCAAACCAGAAACUUAGAGAAACAAUUGUACCCAGUGCAAAAGCAUAUCCUCUAAGUGCACUUAUGAAGGAUUGCAGCGACUAUUUCAAUGAAACAAGUAGACGAGUUUCCUUUGAGUAUGCCCUGUUAGCUGGAGUCAAUGAUGGAGUAGAGCAUGCACGUGAACUUGCAGAGCUACUUCAUCAGUGGGGAAAGGGUUAUCAUGUGAACUUGAUACCUUUUAACCCAAUAGAAGGUUCUGAGUAUAAGCGUCCAUCCAAGAGAGCUGUACAGGCAUUUGCUGCUGCCCUGGAGUCCGGAAAAAUAACUGUUAGCACACGUCAAACAAGGGGCCUUGAUGCAGAUGCAGCUUGUGGCCAGCUAAGAAACAAGUUCCAGAAGAGUCCUUUAGUCUCCGAGUCUGACAACUUACAACCUGAACCUGAAGCAGAUGUUGCAGUUGCAUGUUAGUGCCACACUUUUUCUGGGGUCUUUGCUCCCCUGCACAGGCAGCCGUACACCACAAGUUUCCAUGUCCUUUCACCAGUGAGAAGCUCGACGAAAGUGGUGUUCAAAGUUAAAGAUGGACUGCACCAUCUAGGAGUGAUAUCUGCAGUAUAUAUGAUAUUGCGUUGGCUGCAGAAGAUAACUUUCUGCGGUACAUGAUUGAGUUUUGGUAAAGAAUGCCGAUUAUAGACAGCUUGGAAGACAGCCAGAGACACUUCCCAAGUUCCCAUCAUGAGAACUUACCAGUAAAGAUGGAAAACAAUCAGACUAGUUUCUUACUAUGUGUCAUCCUUUGGUAAUUACACUGUAAUAUAGUCUUGAGACUAUGAGGCACUUCUAAACUACUCAUUCGUGUCGAUCAACAUAGGUUACUUCAUUAAUUUUAGUACUUUUCUACAAAA